UUUACUACAAUUAUAUAAAUUUAUGAAUCUAAGAUCAUUUUAUUCAUACCAGUGAGAGGACUUGAAGAUUGAUAUCUCAAAUUUUAAAACUCCGAACAAACUUACUCAGCUGAAAAUCUUAAAACUCAAACUUAUCCAACUGAAAACUUCUGAUUCAAGACAUGGAUGUAGAUAAAAUUAUAAGCAAGAUUCAGAAUGGGGACUUUAAAGAUGUGAAACGAUUUAUCAAAAAAAAUCCUGAAACUGUCAACAACAGAAAUUCAAAAGGUGUUACGGUUCUCAUGGUUGCCUGUGAACAAGGCAAUAAAGAGUUAAUAACCUUAUUGACAGAAUCUGGCGCUGAUCUCAACAUCAGUGACGAAGACAAGAAGUGGACAGCAUUGCAUUAUGCAGUGGAGAAGCACAAAACUGAUGUUGUGGCCUUCUUAGUCUCCAGUGGAGCAAAUGUUAAUAAGCAGGACUCAGGGGGCAACACACCUCUACAUCUGGCUGUGAAGAAGAACUAUGAAGAUGUAGUCAAAGUCCUGUUAAAUAGCAAAGAAAAUAACAAUUUACAGGUUAAUCAGCAAAAUGAAUUGGGCUGGACAGCUCUCCAUUUUGCCUGUCGCUAUGGAAGCAAGGACGUUGUUGAACUUCUCCUGAAACAUAAAGACACGGAUGUUAAAGCUGAGACCAAGCAAGGUUCCACCCCUCUACAACUUGCCUCUGCUCAUCGACACAAGGAAGUUGUUGAUUUUCUCCAGCAACAGAAUGGCAUCAAUGCCAAUAAGGUGGACGAAGAGGGUGACACCCCUCUCCAUCUGGCAGUUCAAAACCACCGAACGGAUUCUGUGGCCUUCUUAGUCUCCAGUGGAGCAAAUGUUAAUAAGCAGGACUCAUGGGGCGACACACCUCUACAUCUGGCUGUGUGGAAUAACUAUGAAGAUGUAGUCAAAGUCCUGUUAAAUAGCAAAGAAAAUAACAAUUUACAGGUUAAUCAGAAAAAUAAUUUUAGUGCAACAGCUCUCCAUGUUGCCUGUCAAUAUGGAAGCAAGGACGUUGUUGAACUUCUCCUGCAACAUAAAGACACGGAUGUUAAGGCUGUGAUGGAAGAUGGUUCGACAGCUCUCCAUCUUGCCUGUCGCUAUGGAAGCAAGGACGUUGUUGAACUUCUCCUGCAACAUAAAGACACGGAUGUUAAAGCUGUGAUGGAAGAUGGUUCGACAGCUCUCCAUCUUGCCUGUCGCUAUGGAAGCAAGGACGUUGUUGAACUUCUCCUGCAACAUAAAGACACGGAUGUUAAGGCUGUGAUGGAAGAUGGUUCGACAGCUCUCCAUCUUGCCUGUCGCUAUAGAAGCAAGGACGUUGUUGAACUUCUCCUGCAACAUAAAGACACGGAUGUUAAUGCUGUGACCAACCAUGGUUACACCCCUCUACAUCUUGCCUCUUCUCAUGGACGCACGGAAGUUGUUGAUUUUCUCCUGAAACAGAAAGGCAUGGAUGUCAAUAAGGUGAACCUCAAGGGUGACACCCCUCUCCAUCUGGCAGUUCAAAAGCACAAAAUUGAUGUUGUGGCCUUCUUAGUCUCCAGUGGAGGAAAUGUUAAUAAGCAGGACUCAGGGGGCAACACACCUCUACAUCUGGCUGUGAAGAAUAAAUAUGAAGAUGUAGUCAAAGUCCUGUUAAAUAGCAAAGAAAAUAACAAUUUACAGGUUAAUCAGCAAAAUGAAUUGGGCUGGACAGCUCUCCAUUUUGCCUGUCGCUAUGGAAGCAAGGACGUUGUUGAACUUCUCCUGCAACAGAAUGGCACGGAUGUUAAAGCUGAGACCAAGCAAGGUUCCACCCCUCUACAACUUGCCUCUGCUCAUCGACACAAGGAAGUUGUUGAUUUUCUCCAGCAACAGAAUGGCAUCAAUGCCAAUAAGGUGGACGAAGAGGGUGACACCCCUCUCCAUCUGGCAGUUCAAAACCACCGAACGGAUUCUGUGGCCUUCUUAGUCUCCAGUGGAGCAAAUGUUAAUAAGCAGGACUCAUGGGGCGACACACCUCUACAUCUGGCUGUGUGGAAUAACUAUGAAGAUGUAGUCAAAGUCCUGUUAAAUAGCAAAGAAAAUAACAAUUUACAGGUUAAUCAGAAAAAUAAUUUUAGUGCAACAGCUCUCCAUGUUGCCUGUCAAUAUGGAAGCAAGGACGUUGUGGAACUUCUCCUGCAACAUAAAGACACGGAUGUUAAGGCUGUGAUGGAAGAUGGUUCGACAGCUCUCCAUCUUGCCUGUCGCUAUGGAAGCAAGGACGUUGUUGAACUUCUCCUGCAACAUAAAGACACGGAUGUUAAGGCUGUGAUGGAAGAUGGUUGGACAGCUCUCCAUCUUGCCUGUCGCUAUGGAAGCAAGGACGUUGUUGAACUUCUCCUGCAACAUAAAGACACGGAUGUUAAGGCUGUGAUGGAAGAUGGUUCGACAGCUCUCCAUCUUGCCUGUCGCUAUAGAAGCAAGGACGUUGUUGAACUUCUCCUGCAACAUAAAGACACGGAUGUUAAGGCUGUGAGGGAACAUGGUUGGACAGCUCUCCAUCUUGCCUGUCGCUAUGGAAGCAAGGAUGUUGUUGAACUUCUCCUGCAACAGAAUGGCACGGAUGUUAAUGCUGUGACCAACCAUGGUUACACCCCUCUACAUCUUGCCUCUUCUCAUGGACGCACGGAAGUUGUUGAUUUUCUCCUGAAACAGAAAGGCAUGGAUGUCAAUAAGGUGAACCUCAAGGGUGACACCCCUCUCCAUCUGGCAGUUCGAAACCACAAAACUGAUGUUGUGGCCUUCUUAGUCUCCAGUGGAGCAAAUGUUAAUAAGCAGGACUCAUUUGGCAACACACCUCUACAUUGGGCUGUGGGGAAUAACUAUGAAGAUGUAGUCAAAGUCCUGUUAAAUAGCAAAGAAAAUAACAAUUUACAGGUUAAUCAGAAAAAUAAAUUGGGUUCGACAGCUCUGCAUGAUGCCUGUCGCUAUGGAAGAAAGGACGUUGUUGAACUUCUCCUGAAACAUAAAGACACGGAUGUUAAUGCUGUGGAGAACAAAGGUUGGACAGCUCUCCAUCUUGCCUGUCGCAAUGGAAGCAAGGACGUUGUUGAACUUCUCCUGCAACAGAAUGGCACGGAUGUUAAAGCUGUGAUGGAAAAUGGUUGGACAGCUCUCCAUGUUGCCUGUCGCUAUGGAAGCAAGGACGUUGUUGAACUUCUCCUGCAAGAUAAAGACACGGAUGUUAAAGCUGUGAAGGAAGAUGGUCAGACAGCUCUCCAUCUUGCCUGUCGCAAUGGAAGCAAGGACGUUGUUGAACUUCUCCUGCAACAGAAUGGCACGGAUGUUAAUGCUGUGACCAAGCAAGGUAACACCCCUCUACAUCUUGCCUCUACUCGUGAACGCACGGAAGUUGUUGAACUUCUCCUGAAACAGAAAGGCAUCGAUAUCAAUAAGGUGAACCUCGAGGGUGACACCCCUCUACAUCUGGCAGUUCGAAAUCAACACUAUGAUGUGGUGGCUUCAAUGCUGGCCCAGGAUUCAGUGAAACUGGAUAUUGAGAACGAUGAUAAAAGAACACCCUUACUGGAAGCCGUGUAUGCAGCCCACAUCGGAAUAGUCCAUGAAAUCAUCACGUGCGGUGCAAAGAUGAAUGCCGUUGACAAGGAUGGCAAUAAUUGUUUGCAUAUUGCAGCAGAGAAAGAGGAAUUUCAUUCUGAGGUGAAACGCAUUCCUAUUUUAGAUGAGUGCUGCAGAGAGCUCCAACUGGACAAGGAUAGGAGGCUCUCUGAAAUAGUAGUUUUGAGUUAUCUUGCCAGCCAUGGAGCCAGCUUAUACCAUCGUAAUGAUGAGAAAGUGACCCCAUUGGACUGCAUAGAAAAUCAACAUUUGAAAGAAAAAUUAAAAACAUUUUUACAAUCACUGUGUUGGUGGUGUCAAGAGAAAAAGGCUACUGUCACACUCCAUCCAUGUCGACAUACUAUUUGUUGUCAGAAUUGCUGUUCUCAAAUGACAUUUAAGCAAUGCCCCAUAUGUCGACAACACAUACGCAGCAUAAGUGGAUUUGUGUGUCCAAAGUCUGAAGAAAAAGCAGUCCAGACGGUUGCAGAAUCUGUUGAAUGUCCAAAGUGUAAAGAAAAAGUAGAAUCUUUUGAGUCUGUAAUGGUAGAGGAGAAGCAUCUUCAUAGGGUGUCCCAAAAGUUGGCAGGUAAAUGGCAGCCACUUGGAAGGGAAUUAGGAAUUAGACAAUAUGAGCUGGACAACAUCAAGGAGAACAAUCCUCUUAACGUUGAGGAACAAGGCUUCCAGAUGCUGCUCAGAUGGUGGCGAGGUAAUGAUCCAGAGAAACGUACACUUCAAAUAUUAAAAGCAGCUCUUGAAAGAACUGAAUGUCAAGAUGCACUCGAAUGUUUAUCAUCAGAAUUCAAUUAAAUUUCUUUGUAAAU